ACACACACACACACACACACUUCAGUGUUCAGACAUGAGCGAGUCUCCUGAAGCUGAGCCGAGGGUUCAAGCGCUGCGAGGACACAUGAUCUCCUGCAGGAACCAGCGCUACAGGCGCACCACAGGCAGAGCGUGCUGUGAGUGUGGAUCGUCUCUCUCGCACUGGUACUAUGAGAAGGACGGACGGCUCUUCUGUAAGAAGGACUACUGGGCUAAAUUCGGGGAGCUGUGCCACGGCUGCUCUGAGCCAAUCAGCACCGGCCUCAUCAUGGUCGCUGGAGAGCAGAAGUAUCACCCAGAGUGCUUCAGCUGUCUGAGCUGUGGAGCGUUCAUCGGUGACGGAGACACGUACGCUCUGGUGGAGAGAUCCAAACUGUACUGUGGCCACUGUUAUUACCGCAGCAUCGUGACUCCGGUCAGCCUGCCCGACUCGCCCUGCUCCAGGAUUCCUCACACCGUCACACUCGUCUCCAUUCCUGCAUCCACCGACGGCAAGAGAGGAUUCUCCGUGUCCAUCGAUCAGGCCUCCAGUCCCAACGGAUACAGCCCUGAACACAAACGCACCGUCAGAGUCUCACAGGUGUACCCAGACUGCAUCAGUCCGGAUGUCAAGAACUCUAUUCAUGUUGGCGAUCGCAUCCUGGAGAUCAAUGGAACGCCAAUCCAGAACGUUCCUCUGGACGAGAUCGAUCUGCUGAUCCAGGAGACCAGUCGUCUGCUGCAGUUGACCAUAGAGCACGAUCCCCAUGAUCAGGGCCCGUCUGUGGAUCAUGUGGAUGGGGGUCCGUCACCUUCUGGAGGCCCGAGCCCCAUCACACGUCCACCCAGCCAGGAUAUCAGCAACCUGCGCUCUCGCAUCAUUACGCGCAGCUACAGCAUCGACAAGUCCCCAAGCUCCAGCAGUGCUCCGUCUCCUCUGUCUCUGAGGAAGGACAUCGGCCGCUCUGAGUCUCUGCGCGGGGUCUCCAACCGCACACACCGCAUAUUCAGAGCCUCCGACCUGAUCCAUGGAGAGGUGCUGGGCACAGGCUGCUUCGGACAAGCCAUCAAGGUGACGCACAGAGAGACUGGUGAGGUGAUGGUGAUGAAGGAGCUCAUCCGCUUUGAUGAGGAGACACAGAGGACUUUCCUCAAAGAGGUGAAGGUGAUGCGCUGUCUGGAUCAUCCUAAUGUGCUGAAGUUCAUCGGUGUCCUCUACAAAGACAAGAGGCUGAACUUCAUCGCGGAGUACAUCAAAGGAGGAACACUGAGAGACAUCAUCAAGAACAUGGACAGUAAUUACCCGUGGGGGCAGAGAGUGAGCUUUGCUAAGGACAUCGCCUCUGGGAUGGCGUAUCUGCACUCCAUGAACAUCAUCCAUCGAGACCUGAACUCACACAACUGUCUGGUCAGAGAGAAUAAGAGUGUGGUGGUGGCAGACUUCGGGCUGUCGCGGCUGAUGGUGGAGGACCGCAGUGUGGAGCGCAGGAAAGCAGACCGCAGGAAGAGGUACACGGUGGUGGGAAACCCCUACUGGAUGGCCCCGGAGAUGAUCCACGGGAAGAGCUACGAUGAGAAGGUGGACCUCUUCUCCUUCGGCAUCAUGCUGUGUGAGAUCAUCGGCCGGGUGAACGCUGACCCGGAUUAUCUGCCGCGGGCGCUGGACUUUGGGCUGAACACUGCUGUGUUUCUGGAGGAGCACUGUCCUGCUGACUGCCCUGCUGCAUUCUUCCCUAUAGCGGCGCUCUGCUGCGACCUGGACGCCGAGAAACGGCCUGCGUUCACCAAGCUGGAGUCGUGGCUGGAGGACCUGAAGAUGCACCUGGAGCUGGGUCUGCAUCUGGUGUCGGAGCUGGAGCUGCUCCAUCAGGACUUCAUGCAGAAACACACCAGCGGCGGCGGGAAAAACAGCCUGCACACACACCCCGAGCAGCCCGAGUAGAACACACACACACACACACACACACACAUGACACUGACCGAAGAGACGAGGAUGAGUCCAUCAGAUGUACACCACAGCACCGCCAGCUGGACCAGCGGGACACACACACACACACACACACACACACACACGCACACACACACACACACACUCAUCAGCAUCUCUUAUUGUUCUGUGUGUGAGAUAUGAACACACAGCUCGUCUUGAUUUUAUGUUUAGCUGCGGUACGUCACAGGUGUGUGUGUGUGUGUGUGUGUGUUUGUUCGUCCUCUGCUAUUGAUUUAGCAGUUCUCCUACUAAUGCUUUUCUGAAACACAGAGCAGGAUCUCACGUGUACAGAUGGAAACACACACACACACACACUCUUCAACAGAGCCACUAUGAUUUGUUUUGCACUAUGUGAGGAGGCAGCCGCUGCUCCCGCCUUCAGUUAUCUGUGUUUGGCUCAGAGAUGGAGGAGUGUGUUUACGCUGUGAACACGAGAGAGAGGUGUGUGUCCACCAGACGCCACUGUCCUGAGCAGCAGAUGCAGCACUGAACACCUGAACACAGCUGAUCCCAGAGCAGCACUGCUGAUGAUGAUUCCCUUCACUGAUGUCAAUAUGAGUUCAUAACAGAACAACAACGAGACAAGAGCUGAGAACAGUUACUCUCACCCUAUACUGAUCCUCUCACUGAUCAUGUCACUCUAGCCCCUCCCACUCAACAUCAUUUAUUCUCAGCUCCUCCCACUGAUCAUAUUUUAACCAUAGCCCCUCCCAGUGCUCAUGAUUUGACUAAAGUUCUUCUCACUGCUUGUAAUUUGACUGUAGUUCCACCCACAGAUCCUCCCACAGCUAAGGAUUUUUCUUAGCUCCUCCCACUGCUCGUAAAUUAAUGUAGCUCCUCCCACUGAUCAUCCCAUUCCACAUGAUUUGACCAUAGCUCCUCCCACUGAUCAUCCCAUUCCACAUGAUUUGACCAUAGCUCCUCCCACUGAUCAUCCAAUUUUACAUGACUUGACUGUAGCUCCUCCCAGUUAUUAUCUUAUUCUUCACCUGACCAUAGCUCCUCCCACUGAUCACCCCGUUUCACAUGAUUUGACUGUAGCUCCUCCCUCUGAUCAUCCUAUUCUUCAUGAUUUGACCGUAGCUCCUCCCACUGCUCAUAAUUCAACCACAGCUCCUCCCAAUGCACAUCAUUUAACUAUAGCUCCUCCCACUGCUCAUUAUUUAACAAGUUUUUCUCACUGCUCAUAAUUUGACUGUAGCUCUCCCCACCGAUCCUCCCACUGCUAAACUUUUUACCUAAGCUCCUCCCACUGCUUGUGAUUUUAAUGUAGCUCCUCCCACUGAUUAUCCAAUUCCACAUGAUUUGAUCAUAGCUCCUCCCACUGAUCAUCCCAUUCCACAUGAUUUGACCAUAGCUCCUCCCACUGAUCAUCCCAUUCUUCAUAAUCUGACCGUAGCUCCUCCCACUAUUCAUCCCAUUCCACAUGAUUUGACUCCUCCCACUGCUCAUGGUUUAGGCAUAGCUCCUCCCACUGCUGCCUGCUGUGCUGGGGUGUGUCUCAGUGUUCGCUGUGCUGCCUGCUGAGGGUAGUGUGCUGUGUGGUGAGCACCGCGGUGUUUAACUCAGGGUCUCUGUAUCCUCCAUGGCUUUACCUCUGCAUUACUGCUGUGCCUUUGUGUUACGCUAGCCUUGCUAACCGCUGGACCAGCGCUCGUCACCGCUCGCCGCUCCUGCCCUGCUGUGCUCCAGGUCUCAGUGUCGGAGAUGUUGGAGAUGUCGGCUCUUUAUUUCGGGUCUUUGCUUUGCUGUGUCGUAAUGUUUUAAACUGAAGCUGUGAAAAUGACUCUGCACUUUAAUGGUACUGGCCGAGAGCGUGGAUCCUGCGAGCAGAACACUGAAUAAAGCUGAUCUGCUGACCUG